AUGGCCCACAAGCAUUCGCUUGAAGCUCUCGACAGGUCCCUAAAAGAUAUCAAAGAUAAUACUCGGCUUUUUGGUGGUGCUCUACUGCUGCUGUCAGGUGAUUUCAGACAAACAUUACCCCUCAUUCCACGUGCGACAUAUGCGGACGAAAUAACCGCAUGUUUGAAAGAAUCUUAUCUGUGGCGAAAAGUCAGUAAAUUAUGCCUUACUCUUAAUAUGCGUGUUCAACUUCAAAAUGAUCGAUUAGCGUCAAGAUUCUCUGAACAACUGUUAGACAUUGGCAAUGGUGAAAUUCAAUUGUAUGAAGAUACACAAUAUAUUCGACUCCCACAGAGUUUUUGCAACAUGGUGCCUACCAAAGAGGAGUUAAUAAAAAGUAUCCUUCCAGAUUUGCCACAUAAUUAUGCUAAUCAUGCAUGGCUACGUGAGCGAGCUAUUUUAGCCGCAAAAAAUUUAGAUGUUGACGCAAUCAAUUUUAAAGUACAACAAUCAUUGCCUGGCAGUGAAAUUACAUUCAAAUCGAUUGACACUGUUGUUGAUCUUGAUGAAGUUGUCAACUAUCCAGCCGAGUUUUUAAAUUCACUGGAUUUACCUGGAAUGCCAUCCCAUAAUUUGCGAUUGAAGAUUGGUUCACCUAUAAUUUUGCUUAUGCUCCGAAAUUGUGUAAUGGCACGCGACUGGUCAUUAAAAAAAUCAUGGGUAACACUUUGGAAGCCACUAUUUUAA